UUGGAGUAUUGCUGAUAUUUACUAAAGAGGAGGUGUGCCUGCUUGUCAAAACAGUCGCGGAGAUGAGGUCAUCUACAUUUGUCCCGCAUUUUUCAACUGGCAGAAGCAAAGAGUGUACGAAAUAGCACCGCCCACAGACAAACGAACUCGAGUAGAUCUCGGACAUCGAACUCAGGCUUAUAUUCUGUUGCACGAACUCUUCCAUUCUCAAUACGGUGGUGAGUUAUCUAUAUCUGCUUGCUUAGCAAUUUGAAACUGAUGUUUUUAGCGGUUGACGUUAAAGAAACAGUGAAAGGCGAGCUUGGGAGGUCGUUUGCGUGCAGUGGCUAUGGACAAGAGUGCAUCAUGAGAAUCGCUUUGAAGAAUCCGACGGAGGCGAGACGGAACGCGGAUACUUUCGCCCUAUUCGCUACCGCAGCGUACUACGGGAUUGAAAACUGGGAGACAGACCCGAACGAUCUUAACUAGCGCAGCAAUUUCGUGGUUGUUGUUUCUAGUCUACUCAAAAUAUCAGAGCUUGAUAGAGUCUGACGAAAACGAGGAGGGAGAGAGUCCUCGAUCAUUCAUCACUUACUGGAGAGUGUAACGGAUAAGACAUUUAGAGCCUACUUAUUUGUGACGCAAACUCGCGAGUGCAACAAAUUUUCAAUUUUAAUUC